GGAGCGGAGCCGCUGAAGAGAUGGACCUCCGACUGCGGGAGUUGCGCCUCCAGGAGGAGAGGGAGUUUCUGGAGAGCGUGGCGCUGGUGGAGCCGGAUGGGAAUCUGGAGCAUGCCAGGGGGCCCAUGGGUGAAAGCACUCUGGAUCAGUUGCCCAUGGAAGAUGAAAGGAGGGGCAGCAGGGAGCAGGCUAUUGUCCCCGAGCCCCUUAUGACCGAUGGUGACUGGCAGGUGCCCUGUAUCCCCAAAUCCCCCAGGGAUGCCAACCUAAUCCUGGAAGCUGUGAAACGCAACGAAUUCCUGCGAUGCUUGGGUGAUGGGCAGAGCCAUCCACUGGUGGAGAGCUUCACCCUGGAGCAGCGCCAACCCGGUGACACGGUUGUAGCCGAGGGUGACGAUGGGCACACCAUGUACAUUGUAGCUGAGGGGGAGCUCAGCGUCGUGCAGAAAGGGCGCCAGCUCCGGACGCUGCUUCCGGGGGAUGUGUUCGGGGAGCUGGCUGUGCUGUACAACUGCCAGCGCACCGCGACUGUCGUGGCACUCACCCCUGUGCAGCUGUGGGCCAUCGACCGGCAGACAUACCGCACAAUUAUCACCGAGAAUGCCAAACGGCGGCGUGCUGAGAUACUUGCUGGCCUGCGAGGGGCAAAGCCUCUGCAAGGCCUGUCAGAUGCUGCCCUUUCACAGCUGCUGGACACAGCAGAAGAGCGCACCUUCGCCCCCAAUGAAAUGAUCAUCCAGGAAGGGGACGAGGGGAGAACGUUUUUCUACAUCCUCAGUGGAAAGGUUGAGGUAACCAUGAAUGUGGAAGGGCAGGAGGAACACAUCCGGGUGCUGAAAGGAGGGGACCACUUUGGAGAACUCGCCUUAAUCCGGAACAUCCGCCGGACUGCCAGCUGUCGGGCAGAGGAUGAGGUCAUCUGCAUUGCAGUAGCUAAGGAAGACUUCCAGGAACUGAGUCCAAUGUGUGCUCGUGAGCCAGACGUUGCAGUGCCAGAGCCUCCAUCUCUCUCUGAAUCCAGACGUGGUUCAUUCCUUGAGGGGCCUGUGACCCAGCUGCAACUCCAGGAUCUUCUACCUGUGUUCUACGAGGAUGGGGACCAGCGAGGGAGGCCAGUGAUCUUGGGCACCGGAGGCUUUGGCACCGUUGAGCUGGUUCGAUACACAAAUGAGGGCGAGGACCAUUUCUUUGCUCUCAAGCGCCUGCGCAAGGACCACAUUGUGCAGAAGCGCCAGCAGGAGCAUGUUCUGAUGGAGAAGAAGGUGCUACAGGAGAGCCACUGUCCCUUCAUUGUCAGGUUAUAUGGGACCUUCCGUGACAGCCGCCAUGUCUACCUGCUGCUGGAGUUCUGCCAAGGCGGCGAGCUGUGGGCCAAGCUGCGUGAAGCCCGCUACUUCUCGGAGCCUGUGGCCGUCUUCUGCUCUGCCUGCGUCGUUGAGGCCUUAGACUACCUGCACAACCAGGGCAUUGUCUACCGCGACCUGAAACCUGAGAACUUGAUGUUGGAUGCAAAGGGCUAUGUGAAGCUGGUGGACUUUGGCUUUGCCAAAACUCUGAAGCCUGGCGAGAAGACCUACUCCUUCUGUGGGACUCCCGAGUACUUGGCGCCUGAGAUCCUGCGCCACGAAGGGCAUGACUAUGCUGUGGACUUUUGGAUGCUUGGGGUGCUCAUCUUUGAAAUGAUUGUGGGACGACCCCCGUUCCACAGUCCUGAGCCUCAAAAGACUUACAGCAAGAUCCUGGACGGAGUCUUCUCUUUCCCUGUGUUUGUGAGUGAUGCUGCCUGCUCCCUCGUGGCCAAGCUUUGCAGGCGUCGACCAGGGCAGCGGUUGGGGAGUACCAGCAACGGGAUCCGGGCAGUUCGGAAGCACAGAUGGUUUAGCUCCAUCUCCUGGAAGAAACUGGCACUGCGUCAGCUCGAGGCCCCCACCAUGGCAAUGCUUAAGCAGGGCUACCCCUACAUCAACUUCCGGCGGUAUUCUGCUUCGGGGCAGGUGCCCGAAGAGGAGUUUUCCGGCUGGGACGAAGACUUCUGAGCUCCUGGAAGUGAUGGACAAAAGGCCUGUCUGGAGGCUACCCCCCACCCCAUGGCCUGGAUAGGAACUUGGAAAAUAGAGCUUACUGGAGUAACCCCAGCAGCCCCCCCCUC